AUGGUAAAGCUAGAUGAAUUAGCCCGAUUCUAUCGUACCCAGCUUUACAUGGACAUCGAACUCGGUCUUCACAACCUCCUCAUUAAGAAGAGGGAUGCCCUCUCUCCACCUCACUCAUCGCCCGCCCAACACUACUACGCCGCCUUCAGUCGGCCUCCCAACUGUUGCUGGGACGAGGAUAGCGAUAGAUAUACGGAGGAAGGGAAUGACUGUGAAACCCCAUAUCCUAUCCUCGGCAAGGACAUGAAGUUCAAGAUCUGCCAACGCGACCAUCCCGACGGUGAGGGGUGUGCAGAUAGGGUUUGUUUCAUCCCUAACGCCAGCGCUAGAAAGUACAUGUUGGACUUCAUGGCAAAGCGGUCGUGGAAAACACCAUCUCUCGAUAGACUGGAACCCGUGGCUUACUGCCUGGUGAGGAAGUACUGCAGCAACAUCCCCUCAAAGGACAUUGAGACUUUCUCGAGAAUAGUGCGUAUGCUAUUCGAGGAUCUCCGUUACCCAGAUCCUCGAAAUUGGGAUCCUGAGGUUCACGGCGUUUUAAAUUGGAAGGGGAAGCCCACUCAGAGGUGCGUUGACGACUUCAUGUCCGAGAUCCAUGGGGUUAAGUGGAAGAGGGAUAUGAGGGAGUACUUUUAG